GUGGCACCUGGCAGGGACCCGGCGGGCAGGCCGCUGGACACGUGCUGCAAGGCCUGUGCCGAGGGCGCGCGCCGGGGCGAGGUGGGCGUCCACGACGAGACGUGCGGGCAGGCCGUCAGCUCGUUCGCCCCCUCGGACCGGGGCGCGCAGGAGCGGCCCGUCUGCCGCACCCCAGGGUGCAGCCGGCUGGUCGCCCCCGGCAAGCAGGCGAGCGGUCGGCCGUGGGCCAACUGCUGCAGGGGUUGCGCCACAGGCGGCGAGCACAGCGCCACCUGCCUGGAGGAGUACCCGCAAGGCUCGCCGAACGCGGACGGCUCCACGUCGGGCUCCGAGUUCGUGGUGCCCCCCGUGACGUCGUCGCGCUGCACCCCCGUCGCCCCGGAGGCGGCGGACCUGCGCCCCGCGCCGGAGGCGGCCGCCGCCGACCGGCCGGUCAAGGAGUGCUGCUCGGUGUCUUGA